UUGACAGUUCAGAAUACUGCGUCACGAUAGACCUAAGAAUGCGUCACGUGACGAUAACGCUACCUAGACGGCGCAUGCGUCAAGACAGACUUACAAAUGCAUCGUGAUAGCGUCAUGACAGACCUAAUAGUCAUAGCGGCUUGGCGACGUGGCAACAAAACUCCCCACAGGCCUCACUGGGUGACUGCGGGAAAUAUAAGAACAGGCAGCAACCGAGACCAGCAGUCGUUCGAGUGCAGACAGGGAGUGCGGUGUUGUCACGAUAAUCGUCACGACAGUGCUAAUGAUAGCAGCCUUAUAGUGAUGCAUAUUAGGUAUACGGAACAGUCGUCACGCUAGACCUACACUGUACGUGUGAGACACGACAUCGUCACAACAGAGCUACGUAUUCGUAGACGUGCGUACCUACAUCUGGCAGCGCAGCGUCACCGAGAACCCCGAUAAGCUGGCUGACAAAUCAUCACUACAACGCUCACGCUGCCACCCACACAAGCUAACACCACGCACCACAAGCCACUACUAACCCUUCUCAAGAUGUCCGAAGAUAUAUUUGCGGACGAAAAAUGGAUAUGGGAACCAGAAUGUAUGCACGACACAGACAAUGACCAGCACCAAGCUACAAUAUCACACUCCGAAAGCGACCCACUUGAUACGCCAGUGGAAGUCUAUGUAAUAGAGCAGACUGAAGGUGAAGAGCUCAAUAACACACUUUCCCAACUAAAAGAGGAACCGCAGGAAGAGAACUUCUUCAUGCCACCACCAGCCACACGUUCAGGAGGAACACGUAGGCAGCGUGGUCGAGCUGCACAUCCUGGGCAGACAUUUACUGCCAAGUCCACCAAGAAACGACUUGGUCUCCGCUUCGUAACUACCACGAAAAGGAUGCAGCCUUCCAGCGGCGACGAGUACAGCAGCUCUGAGGAGGCUGAAGGCCAGGUGUUGCACCCCAAGCGGCCACGGGUAACCAUCCUCACUGUGGAACAGGAGCGCAAUGUAGCAGAAUGGCUACAAGAACACGAGUUGUUUUACAACAAGAAACUCAAUGAUUACAAAGACGUUAGAAAGAAAUACCGUUUACUACAAGAGAAGGCUGAUGAACUGAAUGUGCAUGUGAACCAGUUAAGGACCUGGAUUGAUGGGAUGCGAACCAGAUUUGGAAGAUUGUGUGCAACUCGUUCAGCUGUGAUGGAGAUGACAGAGAGAGAGCAGUGGAUUUACACCACCUUCCGUUUCCUGCAGCCACAUAUUGUGCGUUGCCCCACACGUCAGUCCAAGAAACUUCCAACCAGGAAGGAAUUGACAGUGCAGACAGCCACGACGAGCCAGGAUGAGUUGGCGGUGCAAUGCCAGGGAAGUACCGAUACGCCACCUUUAGCCGCACCCUCAUCUUCCACACCCUCGUCGUCGUCGGUCAGGACACCACCCUCUGCGUCUGCUUCCCUAGCAAUCGAAGACCAGGAUCUACUGCAAAAGUUGUCUGAACAGUAUCGCCAGAACCAGGCGAUUGGCAUCCAGAAUAGGCUGCUGUCUGCCUUACAACCCCAGUCGCCUCAUGUGAGGCAGGUGACACACUUCAUGUCGUUUCUGGGGUCCCUGUGUGAGACGAUGACACCGGCGGCAUGGAGGUCCUUCUCGGCCAAGGCACACCAGCUGGCCUUAGAACACCUCACAACGGAAGCCCCGCAACCAUCGCAGCCACCGACACCCGGGCCUGCUGUGCAACCUGUUCUCCAGCGCAAUGACAGCCCUCUGCCAACACAGCAAACCAAGCAGCAGCAACAGCAAAUGCAAUAGCAAAUACAGCAUUUACGGCAACAGGUGGCAGUAAUCCAAACCCAAUCCCACCUCCUGCAGCAGCGUCAACACCCAAGUCUGCCUGACUUUUCUUUCUCCUGUCAUUUUCGGGGAACAAGACUUCUCUGUAGCUACAACUGCUCCCCUCCACACGCCCCACUGCACUCAUCUCCCCCCGGAGCUUUGACAUCAUUCAAGCAGCUAUGAAAUGUAUGUUAAUACGAACGUUAUGUAUGAUAUAUGAAAAUAAAAUGU